AACCAUGACGGUGAGCUACCAGUACGAGGUGGCCUCGUCCACGAGCGGCGGCUUCACCCGCCUGCUCUUCAUGUGGAAGGGCAGCCUGUACAAGCUCAUCUACCGCGAGCUGCUGCUGCUUCCUCGCGGCCUUCGGCCUGCUCAGCGCUCUCUACAGGAACACCUUCAACAGCGACCAGCGAAAUUUCUUCAGUUUUUCAAUGAGAAUCAUGAAAUUAAACUAUAUUGUGAUAACUACUUUUUUACUUUCUGUACUUCGAAUUUUCACGAGCACGCCCGCAUGGUGCGGCGCACGCUCAUGCGCUACCUCAACCUCACGCUCAUCCUCGUGCUGCGCUCCAUCAGCUCGGCCGUGAAGCGCCGCUUCCCCACGCUCGAGCACGUCGUCGAGGCAGGAUAUCGCAUUUUCUCGAAUAAAGGUUGUGGAUUUUUGUAA